AAUUGAGACAAAUAAGUAACAUGGCUCCAGGCCACAGCAUGCAUCCUGGAGUUGAAGCAAGCAGCAAAUAUAUCAUGUGUCAUCUCCAUUGGAACUCUCUUCGGCUUUCUACUAAGUACCAACCAAGGUUCACUACUCUGGAAGUCUUGGUGACAGUUGCUGACUCACUGGCAUUAGGAAUUUCAGCAAUGUUAUCUUUUUGGGGAAAUCUGAUUGGAGGUCUGUUAACAGCGUCAGCCAGGCCGAUGAAACAACACAAGUAGCAGGAGUGAGGGUGAGAGCUCUCGUUCGGCUCGCUUGGUGUUGAUCGAAGAUAUCUGGGUGGAAAUUGGUGGAUUUCUCGAUUGGUUGAAGGAAGUAAAACAAAGGAGACCCACUACCCAGCGUCCUUUCGGCGAGUGUUGGGGUCUUACCUAUUUAAGCUAAAAUAAGGCCAUUCAAGAAGGCUGUCAACUGUAAACAUGUAUAGGCCGAAGAUCCCCAAUUCGGGGUGGGCUGCUUUCGAUCACAGGUUGCGUGGCACAGCUGAUGGAGGCGAUGAUGUUGAUGUCAACUCAUUUCCUGCUCUCUCGGGUUCUAGAGGCUCCAGUUCUGCCAGCAGCUCAGCUAUAGGAAAUAAUAAUAUGCCAAAGGCAAAGCCUUUUGCAUCAGUGAUUCGCCCCCCUGUUGAAUUUGCAGUUGUUGGUAAUGAAAAUGGAAAUAGGCAUUUGACUGAUCACAUGGUGAGAACAAAUUCUGGUGUAAACUCUGCAUCUGGUAACAAAAUUAAGCUCCUGAAGGAUGCUCAUAGUUGGGCCGACAGUAAUUUAAUUGAGGACAUAUUGGCUGGCGUGGAUAAUGAUGUUGGCCAGUCAUCUGUUUUGCUGAAAUCCAUGGUCGCUCCUGACUUUCUGCCAAGGGAGGGUAGAACAACUGGUCAAUCUCCUUUUGAGAUGAAUAAAGCACAUGGUUCAGUGUCAGGAAACACUAUAGCAGAGAAUAAACAUUCAAAUGAAUCACAACUGUUGCCACCGCAAAUGAAUUUAAUCUCUAUACCCCAGGAGCCUGAAUUAGAAGAGUUUGAUGAUGAUUACUUAAACCACCGGAAAGAUGCAUUGAAGAUGAUGAGGGCUGCCACAAAGCAUUCUCAGGCUGCCAGCAAUGCAUUCUUCAGAGGUGACCAUGCUGCUGCCAAGGAACUCUCCCUCAGAGCUCAAGAAGAGCGGUUGGCUGCUGAAAAGUUAAAUAAUAAGGCAGCAGAAGAAAUAUUUCAUCUCAGGAACAGCAACAAUAACAUUUGGAAGAUAGACAUGCAUGGUCUACAUGCAUCAGAGGCUGUAACUGCAUUGGAGAGGCAUCUUCACAUGUUAGAGUUCCAGCCACCAGGGAAUAAUCCAACUUCAACUGAUGAAUUAGAUAAGUCUGAACCCACAAUUGCUGUCCCAAAUGAGGUUGCAGCAGAGAAAGUGGUGGUGUUUCUUCGCCCUAGACAGUCUGUCUUAGAGGUGAUCACAGGGAUUGGCAGGCACAGCAAAGGACAGGCUUCACUGCCUGCUGCAGUCAGGGGCUUCCUUAUUGAAAAUGGGUACCGAUUUGAGGAGCAGAGGCCUGGUGUUUUCUCUGUUCGCCCUAAAUUUCGCCGCGGGUAAACCUGUGCAAGACUGAAACCAUUCCAUCAAGUUCCGUUGUUCGGCAAAUAAAUUUCUGUGAAAUGUGCUGUCAACGAAAUAGAACAUAGGAAUUUGGGCAACUCGUAGUUCGUGUAUCUUGAAUGUGGGAACUAGGCGUCGACCAGUUGGCUAGUGAUGCGCUACCGGCUGCCCGCCCAGCCUUUCACCAUCGUCCGAGCCUUGUGUUCCGCAGGGUGUGUGUGCCUGAUUUUAAUUUUUCUUAACAAAUUGUCGUAGGGGCUAGUCCGUAUGGGUCUCCUUUUUUUUUUGUAUCUUGAAUGUAACAAGUUUUACAGAUACUAAUGUUAUUGUGUAGCCAUCUGACAAGAGAUGCAUAAUUGUAUGUAACUAUAUACAAGAUGACAAUCAAGGCCACAAUGUACUGUUAUUUUGCUUA